ACGUUUCGUAAUAGGUUAAGUUGUUGGUGUUACCCAUGCAUGAGAAUUAUUGUAAAGUAAACUGAUAUGGGAGAUCGAACGACGUAUUCCGGUAGCAUGUAUUCCGAUUUUCCGAAUAAGGAUUCCGACUUGAACGUUACAGGCUCAACGAAAAACCUUGCUCCCCUCUCUCCUUACCUGAACUUCAACCCUGUGUAUCUACCACAAAGCCAGCCGGAAUUCAUAUUCCCUGAAGGUGCUUCGAGACAGAGAGGGCGAUAUGAGCUAGCGUUUUCACAGAUAGGCGUUUCAUGCAUGGCUGGAGCAACAAUAGGAGGCAUUAACGGAUUUUACAAUGGGCUGAAAAGUACAACCCUUGCAGGACAUACUGGGAAGUUGAGAAGAACACAGCUCCUAAAUUAUGUUAUGAAACAAGGAGCAGCAACUGCCAACACCCUUGGCGUCAUAGCCGUUAUGUACAGUGGCUUUGGCACAAUAUUGUCAUGGAUGAGAGGAUGUGAUGACGAACUCAAUACAAUCUCAGCUGCAACUGCAACAGGCUUGUUGUACAAGUCAUCAGCUGGAUUGAGAAAGUGUGCAAUUGGAGGAGGAGUUGGAUUCACCCUUGCAGCAGCUUAUUGCUUGUGGAGUUCUAGGGAUAAAUUGCAAGAUUUUCGCCGUGAAUUCAAUCCAGCGUAAGAAUGUGUUAUAGUUUGUUGAAUAUUUAUAGAACACUCAAAGGAAAAGAUUUGUUGAAAAUUUAGAUCUUGUUUUUUGUGAACUUGUACAUAAAACUUAGUUAUGAAGCCGGACAAUAAAGCACUGUGUAAAGUAGAGGCUACAAAUCAAAUUUGGUUUUGUGGCAUCUAGUAAACUCUCAGAAAACAGAAGAUAUGAUAUGCUGUAUUUGUUUUUAGGGAUUACUUGAAGGUUAUGAUGCACUGUUAUGCUGUAUUUUGAGUUUAAGAUUUUAGCUCUUUGUGAAAUCUGUGAUUUUAAAACCAGUGUAAUAGCUGCUGUGUGUGCUUGUUGAUAAGUCGCAUGUGUGUAAUGGCUCAUUAAGUUGUAGUUCUAGUUUAUAUUCUUUUAUGGGCUCCCAGAGAUUUCUUCUGCCAUUUUUGCUAUAUAAAUAUAAAAUUUUGCUGUUCUGGAGGUGUCAGUAAACAUCUUUCCUUUCCAGAUAUAAUCUAUGUUAUGUAAAAAUACAAUUGUUAUAACUAUCAUUUUUAGUUCAUACUUACUUUUCGUAUUUUGAUGUGUCUGAGGCACAAUUCUGAAAACACACGGUGGGAUUUAAGUAGGUAACAAGAACAACUUCAGUCUGCUCAGGAAACGCUGAAAACGCAUGUGAUGGAACUUGUAUUCAAUCUAAAAACAAGCAGUAGGUACUAUAAAUUGCUGUAACAUGGGGUUAAAAGUGUUUAAUAUUACAUGGAUGGAAAGUCAUUGCAGUCAGGUAUAUAGACUGUCAACAAUUCAUAUAUACUAAUUACUAAGCUGUCACUUGGUACCUUGAACUUUUAUUGAGAACCUAUUGUGUGCCUAAGAAUGUAAUGUAAUAAGAUGGGGAAACUGCAGAAAACAAAGAAAGUAAAUGAAAUUAA